UAUUCUAUCUAUGUAUUUACUAAAAAGUCAAGAUUUCUUUUGUUUUUGUUUGAAUAAGUAUUUUGUAUUUUGUUGCACUCCUUUGUUAUAAAUGGGUAGAGAAACUUCCUUAUAAGAGCUCAGCUAGGAUAAGAAGUUUUAUACACCUUGUGAUAUGAAUAAUGGUUAACAUUAUCAAUAAAAAAAACCUGCAUUUUCAUUUUGGAUUGAAGUUGGCGUGAAUGUAUAUCUUUUGAUAAAUAUGUUUAUAAUGAUAAGAUGGACUUGUUUUAAUGAAUAAAAUUAAUAAAAGUUAAAAUUUUUACAAUAUAUAAAAAAAUGGAAAAUAUACAAAUAAGACAAAGACGUGAGGUUGAUGUAGAGAAACCAGUGAAAUUUUAUUUUGGGAGUACCUCAGAAAAUAUAAACAGCAUUCGUUGUGAAUCACCUGGUAGUGACAUUUCGUCCCCGGGCUCACCAGAUAGUUUAUCUUGGAAUGAGUCGGCAAUGCUGUCAUGUUGGAACAGUGUACAUGGUCUAACAGAGGAAGUUAACAAAAUUACUGAAUCAGGAAGCAAAGGUUUUUUGCGGUCAUUGUCAUUUUCAGCAAAAUCGUUACAACCUGAAAUAUUAAGGACUUCAUCUUAUGCAAAUAUCAGACCCGUAAGUGAGUUUUCAGGGUUAUCGGGAUCCAGCUCUGUAAACAGUCCUGGGAACGGAUUCCGUAGAUCUGUUUCCUAUAUAGACCACAAUGACAACAAAAGUGAUGAAAUGUCAAAGCAGCCGAUGUUGAGUAAUUGUAAAAGACAUACUAAAUUAACAAAUUCUAGCAAUAACUGCCGUAAAAGGGUUUCAGGAACAUUUAAUGACACUCAGCGAUAUUCUUUGAGUAGUUUAGCAGAGGAAGCAGGGUCUGGCAUUCCCAGUGAAUGUCAGAGAAGGUCAAUUGCUGGUGUGCCAAGAAAGACUAAUAAUAAUUGUAAGAGAAGAAGUUGUGAACCUCAAAAUGAUAGAUGUCAAGUCUCAGAAAAGGAAUGUGCAGCAAAAAGUAAUUUACAACAAGAAAUACCAGAAAAAAAUCCGGCAUUCCGGCAGUCCUCUUACCCAGGUCUGCGCGAAAGGACGUUAAUUCAAAAUGAAAGUAAAAGACAUUCGAUGCCACUUCCAUUGAUAUAUAAGAAAGAAAUGAUGAACAAAGUUAUCUUGUCACAAAACAAAACAUCUGAUCAUGUUGUUGAAAUAACUGAUACGGUUCCGGAGCUAUUUCAGAAUAUACGUGGAGCUACCCAGCGUGAUAUCUUCGAGGAGAUGGAACCACGACAGCCGGAACCAACGAAAGCAUGUUACGAGGUCAUGUAUGUGGGUCGAGCCAAGGUCAGGGCAAGAAAAUUUUGUCUAGUCACAUUGACGAUCUUGUUAUGAGACUGGAAGCUAAAGAACAAAGAAAUAGUAUUAAUG